AUGCGAGUUCGUGACAAUCGGCUGGUGGCCCAUUGGAUCCUGAGAGUCCUGACCUGUAAUUCAUCUGUGGAGAUGCUGGGUAUUGCAGGCCUUACCCUGCCUGAGCCCCGGUGGGCACUGGGAGCAGUGACUGUGAUCAGUCCCCUGGAGUUGGUGUGCACUAAGCUCCAAUCUCUGCAGCUCUCCCACAGGGAGCUGAGUGUGUGGAUGGGCCCAGUGGUGGCUAAGGAUGGUUGGCUGUCUUUAGGGAGGGACUGGGGGCCUACUGUCCUACGGGAUGUGCCUCUCUCGGCGCUGUACUGGUUUAACUAUGAGCAGGUGAAACGAGAGCUGUGUGAGGAAUGGGGGAUGAUGCAUGGCUCUUUUGCUGUUAACUUCACUUCAGGAGCCUUCUCUGGUAUGGUGAGUUCAGUGUUAACUUUGAAUCGGAUGUUCGACCUCUUGAUUUUUAUAUUUUAUUUAGUGAAAUCCUACCCAGCAGAAGUUACAGUGAAGAAACCCCCCUCCACUUGGCUCAUAAUGAGGACAGUCUGGGCUGAGUUGGGCUACAGAGGGUUGUUUUCAGGGUUCUUGCCCAGAGUGAUCAAAGUUCCCCCUGCAUGUGCAGUCAUGAUCAGCACCUAUGAGUUUGGGAAGAAGUUCUUCCAGACGCUGAACCUUGCUCAAGAGCAGCAUAGGUGCUAA